AUGGAAUACAAGGAUGCGCUAGAGGCAGUAUUAUUUUGCAAUGGUGUAACGUUUACGAAAUUUGACUUUUAUGUCUCGGAUGUUCCUAAUAGGUGCGAUCUUGUUUUAGACACCCUUUUUGUUGAGUUCGGAAUACACGCGUACAAUGUUAUUAUAGAUUUUAUUCUAGAUACUUGUUAUAAGUCUAGUGCGUCUGUUAAUUCAUUAAUGAUUAAGUGUGUAUCUGCAAAAAUUCUUAUGAGAAUAUCUACAAAAGCUUUUACCAAUGCAGGACUAGUAUGUUCUCUAGAUUUGAGUACUGCUUUUAGGGAUAUUUUUGCUAACACACUAACAGAAGCAAUUGGACUUAUACGUAGUUUUAAGGAAGAAAUUUUGGAAUGUCCAAAACUAUGUAAUCCCAUUUUUGCUACCCUGGGACUGGUGCUUGAUUCGUACGAACAUAUUAUAAAUUCGUUUCAGGAGAAUGAAUUCUCCUGCAAUGUAGUAGAACGUCUUCUUGAUGUUAUUGAAAACGCAUACUCUUCCAUACACUAUAGGUAUACUUACUUAAGCGGAAAUGCGAUCAGAUUAUCUUGUACUGACAAUGCUAUACUUAAAGGCGUCACAGACUUAUUAGAUUUAUUUGGGAGUUCUCCCGUUAUUACAAUUAAUAAAAGUAUUUUUAUAAAAUGUGCUACUAAUAUUGUUGAAUACAAGUAUUCUACUAGGAAAAGCCGUACACUUAUCCUAACAAGUGUGAUUCCUAUACUAGCAAGAGUACUCCUUCUAGCCGCUAAAAAUGGACAUAAGACUACUAUUGAUUCUACAUCCGAUUACUUUCGUACACUUGUUGACGGAGAUAAGGUAGUAAAACUUUUUAAUUUGGUUUUAGAUUCUGCUUCAGGAAUAUUUGUUUCGAUAGGGAAGGCCCAGAAUAAUAAUCAUAUUUCGGCAGAUAAAAACAAGAUAAAUAUGCUGAAGAAAAUAUACACAAAAGUAACAGAUACAGUAGAGUUUAUGAAUAUGCUAUUUCCUGAUGUUGUUCCUGAUGAAGGUGUGGUAGCAAAUACAAUAGCUACUGGAAUAAUAACCAUUUCAAGGUUACUACAGUACACGGACAGGAAGCAAUACUCAAUAUUUGAUAUUAUUGGAGGCAGAGUAUUUGUUUUUGACACCCUCCUAACGGAAAAGUAUUUAAAUGAAAAUAUAAUAAUUCUAACUUUAAAGAUACUGCUACAAUCAUGCAACCACGUAAAGGCUCGAGUUGAAAUUAUGCUUAGGAAUACCGGAGGGUUAAGUUUUGGAUCCCCUGGCAGUGUUGCAUUGUGCUUUCGUUCAUUUAUUCUUAAUAUAAUGGAAAAAAUAAAGGGACAAGGUGCUUUUGUAACAGUAGCAUAG